AUGUCUCGAAGGAAUUUGACUAACAAUCAAUCGAGUGAAAACCUAUAUUCCAAUCCUUUUGCAGACCAUUCUUACGACCAAUCAAGAAAUAACAACUCGUCAGACAGUUACGAUGACACAUCCCACCUGAACAUAGAACACAACGACAAUAAUGAGAACAACGGUGGGCUAGACUAUCAAGGCUACUACUCGAAAAAUAACUCAAGAGUAGAUGCAAAUAACAUAGACUAUUCGUACAUGCACCCUCCGGUCACCUCCGGUAACGUCACAGCAAGCACCAGUCAAAACAAUUUGAACAGUCUAGGAAUUUCUGCCUCUUCAAACCAAGGCUUGUCAACUACAGAUAUACUAUCGCCGCCACAGUUCGACAGGUAUCCUUUCGUCAACAGAAAUGGAGAAUCAAUCUCGCCAAAUCCUAAUAGCAGUUACACCAACGUCAGAUCACUAUCGAACUCCCCGGCCUUGAAUUCGGCUUCUUCCUUCUCAUCCAAUAACCCAUUCUUGAAUGAACAUGAUUUUUCACCCUUCGGUGGCUACCCAGCAACAAGUUUUCCACUACUAAUGGAUGAUCGUGAAGAAGACGAUUUCUUGCAUAACCCUGAUCCAGAAGAAGAAGCAAGACUGGAUAAAAAAAGAUUUGUGUCGGAUUUCAAAAAUAUGGAUAAACGUUCCUUUGGUGGGUUCUUAGGUGUAUUCUUCCUUUUCUUAGCUGGCAUUUUUAUUUUCAUCGUUCUGCCAGCAAUUACAUUCACAGGUGUCAUUGAUAAGCCCACGGAAGUAUUAGUGACAGGAUUAACAUCAUACACAUACCCAACCUUAGCAGGUAUUAGAACAGAUUUAGUAGACCCAGACACUCCUUCUUCAGCUAAAACAAGAACAUCGAGAAAAGGUGAGUCAUGGCCUUUGGUAUUCUCAGAUGAAUUUAAUGCUGUCGGCCGAACAUUCUAUGAUGGCGAUGACCAAUUUUGGACUGCGCCAGAUAUUCAUUAUGAUGCUACAAAGGAUUUAGAAUGGUAUACACCAGAUGCCUCAACUACAGCAAAUGGUACACUAGCCUUAAGAAUGGAUGCCUAUAAAAAUCACGAUUUAUACUAUAGAUCAGGUAUGCUUCAAAGUUGGAAUAAAUUGUGCUUUACAGAAGGUGCUUUAGAAAUUUCAGCAAAAUUACCUAAUUAUGGUAGGGUUACAGGUUUAUGGCCAGGUUUAUGGACAAUGGGUAAUUUAGCAAGACCAGGCUAUUUAGCUUCAACUGAAGGUGUUUGGCCAUAUAGUUAUCAAUCAUGUGAUGCUGGUAUCACACCAAAUCAGAGUUCCAAUGAUGGUAUUUCAUAUUUACCAGGUCAAAAAUUGAACGUGUGCACAUGUGAUGACGAAGACCACCCAAAUCAAGGUACUGGUAGAGGUGCCCCAGAAAUCGAUAUUCUUGAAGGUGAAGUUGACACUACUAUUGGGGUUGGGGUUGCAUCUCAAUCUCUGCAAGUUGCUCCAUAUGAUAUUUGGUAUAUUCCAGAUUAUAACUUCAUUGAAAUUUAUAAUUUCACAACUACCACUAUGAACAGUUAUUGUGGUGGUCCAUUUCAACAAGCUGUUUCUGCAGUUACAACACUAAACACAACUUGGAAUGAAUUUGGUCCAGAUGCUGGAUAUUAUCAAAAAUAUGCAAUUGAAUAUCAAAAUGAUCAAGAAACAGGAUAUAUAACUUGGUAUAUCGGCAGUACUCCUGUCUACACUAUUUACUCACAAGCUCUACAUCCCAACGGUAACAUAGAUUGGAGACCAAUUAGUAAAGAACCUAUGUCAAUUAUUAUGAAUUUGGGUAUUUCGAACAAUUGGGCUUAUAUUGAUUGGCAAUCCAUUUACUUCCCUGUCACAUUUAGAAUUGAUUAUGUUAGAUUAUAUCAACCAAGUGACUCUAUAUCAGUAACCUGUGACCCUGAUGACUAUCCAACAUAUGAUUACAUUGAAGAUCAUUUGAACGCCUAUUCAAACCCUAACUUGACUUCUUGGGCAGCGGCAGGUUAUUCCAAACCAAAAAAUAUUCUGACCGGUCAAUGCUCAAGUUCUAAAUUUUCAUUGGCAUCUAAAUAG